AUUCGACAGAUUACACGUACGAAAUUAUGAAAAACAAUAGCGAUCUGAAAAAAAACCUCUAGUGGUGGCGUUGUUGGAAGCUGUUAGGUGAAAAGAAAUACUGGAAAAGUUAACGGCAAACAGAAAAAUUCUAGUGAUUGUUUGUGUGUUGGAGGUACGAUGUGAGACGGUACAGCUAAUGGAAAUUACAAAAUAAGCAAAUUAAUUUAAACAGUGAUGGUCACACAACAAUAAUAUGUACGAAUCCUUCAACAGGGAAAUGGUUCAAAUACAAAACCUGAUGUGUACACCCCCUCAAAAGACGCGAAUUUGUUUAAAAAUUUGUUUUGUUUCGAAUUGUUCUACGGAAAUAUUCAAGUACUUACAUCUUCGUACAAAAACUUUCUUUCGGUUUUACUAUGGCACACACGUACACGACAUUUAGUUUAAGUUCAUUGUUCUCAACCUUUCCCCGGGAAUCAUUGGCUCGUUAUUGCGGUUAAAACAAUGAAACGUUUGGUUCGUUUGAAAUUCACAUCGCUGUAUAUUCGUUUCCAUUUUUCGUUUUUAAAUUCAAUAUAGAAUACAAUGUACUACACGUAAGUGUAUGUAUAUAUAAUAUAUAUGUUUAGUUUCUAUCUCUUUAGAAAAUGACCGUUUUUCUAAUUAUAAAAUUAUAAAAAAAAAACAAAUUGUAGCACUUCUAUGUUUCUCUCAAUCCACCGACUUUGAAUGUAUUCACUCACUUGCCAAACGCAAGUGAGGUAAAAGAGAAUUAGCAAAAGUCUGCAUGAAAACCAUAACAAAACUAAACCACGUUCCGGCGUACCACAGGGAAAUACGGUGCUCUAUAUCGAAACAGCCAACAAUAGAAUGUGAAAGCUCAUUUUUAGUUAAUCGAAUGAGUACGAGUAAAUGAAUGUUUUUUUUUUAUGUUGCUUCUGUGUGACUGUGGUUCCUUAAUUAUUUUUUCUUUUAUCCAUUUGAAGAUAGUUUGGUUUAGAAAAGAAAUAAAAAAAAAUUAACAUGUCCGUUA